GAGGAGUGGGCAAAGCGGCGAACCACGGUUUGACGGCCUCGGCUCUCGCGAGAAAGCGACCGGCGGAGUGCCGCGCUGCAGGAACUGCAUCGAGAGGCUCCCUGCACUCCGCGCCCAAUCCUGAAAAAUCCCCUCCGCCCGCCCACCUCCACCCCACGUCCUCCCCGCAGUCCCGCCCACUGCACGUCGAUCCGGGAGAGCGCGAUGACGCCGCUCCAUGCCGCCCCGCACCAUGCCGCCGCCGCCGCGGUCGUCUCCUCGCCCAACUCCGCGCCGCUCCUCCGCGCCAAGCCUUACCAUCCCAGGGCGGCGGCGGCGGCGAUGGCCUCGGCCUGCUCCCUCACCGUGACCGCCACCACUCCGUCGAGAAAAGCUUUCCUGUCAUGCCCGGAUCACGGCCAGGCGGGGGUGGCGCCGCCGCGCUCCGCCCCGGCGUCGCCCCCGGCGCUCAUCUCCUCCGUCCAGGACCUGUACGACUUCAUCUGCAGCGGCCCGCUCGUGGAGAGGAUCGGCUACACCAAGGAGAAGAUCGCCGAGUCCAUCGACCGGUGGCUGCGCUGCGGGGUGCAGGUGGCGCGGCUGUUCCGCCUUAACGAGCUCCACCUGUCGGAGUCGGAGAAGGCCAGGAUAUACCACUUCUACAUCCCCGUCUUCCUCUGGUGCGAGGACCAGGUCACGGAGCACAGGUCGAAGUACAACGAGGGGGACGAGAUCCCGCCAUUAGUGAUUGGGGUCAGCGCUCCCCAAGGCAGUGGGAAGACAACUCUUGUUUUCGCGCUUGAUUAUCUUUUUCGGUUUUCUGGUAGUAAAUCUGCCACAUUAUCUAUUGAUGACUUCUAUUUGACAGCAGCAGACCAGGCUAAAUUGAGGGAAAGUAAUCCUGGAAAUGCUCUUCUCGAGUUUCGUGGAAAUGCUGGAAGCCAUGAUCUCCCGUUCUCUGUUGAAACACUCGAAUCCCUGACUAAACUAACUAAAGAAGGUAUGAAGAUGAAGGUUCCACGGUAUGACAAGUCUGCUUUUGGCGGAAGAGGUGAUCGGGCUGAUCCUUCAACAUGGCCAGAGGUUGAAGGGCCCAUAGAGGUGGUUCUUUUUGAAGGAUGGAUGCUUGGAUUUAAACCUCUUCCAAAUGAAGUUGUGAAAGCAGUGGACCCUCAGCUUGAGGUGGUUAAUAAGAACCUUCAGGCAUAUUACGAUGCAUGGGACAGGUUCAUUGGGUCUUGGAUGGUCAUAAAAAUAAAGGAACCUAGCUGCGUAUACCAGUGGAGACUGCAGGCAGAGAUAGCUAUGAGAGCAGAUGGGAAGCCAGGAAUGUCUGAUGAGGAGGUUAUGGAUUUUGUAUCACGCUACCUACCAGCAUACCACGCAUAUUUGCCGACGCUAUACAAAGAGGGACCAAACGGCUCGAACCCGGAGCACCUGCUGGUCAUUGACAUAGACGAACAGAGGAAUCCCAUGUGGGGUAGAUGAGUCCUGAAUGUAAAAAAUGCUGAGAUGGAUUCUCUGACCCGUAGUGGAGUUUGGGGUCUCUGAUCUUUCUGAGACCACAUGUUCCGACCAAGCGCCACUAGACCCUUCGUUUUUAUGGUUCGAACAAGUGUUAAACGUGUAAAUUUGAUGUAUACGAAAUCUCUCUGUCUAUUCAUAAGGAAAUCGGAAUC